UAUUACGUACGGGUUCAGAGGUCGCAAAGACACGCCUACAGCUUCUUUCCGCAUGGUGGACUAAAGCAUCGUUGUUUAUUAUUGUUCCGAAGUAAACCUAGCUAUAUCUAUGUAUCCGUGUGUGACUGCGUGGGAUUUUACAGCGUUUUUACACUUUGUUCUCGUCUUUGAAACAAUGAAAUAGAUGUCAUACGACAUAACUUAUCCUUAAACGAAACUGUACUUUUGAAUGUUGAGCUCGUUAGCUUGUUAUGCUAGCCGGCUAACAGUGCUACUUGUGAAGAAUGAAGACUUCUAAUGGUAACACGAGUAUCAUGGACAUGUUUGAAAAGGGAAAGGUCCUGAAAAUAUGUUCUCCAAUGGUUCGAUAUUCAAAGCUUGCAUUCAGGUCCUUGGUGAGGAAAUACAACUGUGAUAUCUGCUUCACCCCAAUGAUAGUUGCUUCUGACUUCAUGCAAUCUGUCAAAGCCAGAGACAGUGAAUUCACUACCAAUGAGAGUGACCGGCCGCUGAUAGUGCAGUUUGCUUCCCAGGAUGCCCAGACUCUGGCUGAUGCAGCCUGUGUGGUAGCACCUUUCUCAGAUGGAGUUGACAUCAACUGCGGCUGUCCCCAGAGAUGGGCUAUGUCAGCUGGGUUUGGUGCAUGCCUCAUAAACAAGCCUGAACUUGUGAAAGACAUGGUCACACAUGUCAGAAACCAAGUGGACAAUCCAAACUACACAGUGUCUAUCAAAAUAAGAAUUCACAAAGACCUGAGGCGGACAGUGGAUCUGUGCCAGAAGGCUGAAUCGGCAGGUGUUUCAUGGAUAACUGUCCACGGCCGCACAGCAGAAGAACGCCAUCAGCCGGUCCAUUAUGAAGCCAUCAAGACAAUCAAAGACAGUGUAUCCAUCCCAGUCAUUGCUAAUGGGGACAUCAAGUACCUGCGUGAUGUGGAGUCCACUUACCAGCUUACUGGUGUUGAUGGUGUUAUGGCUGCGCGGGGGUUGCUUGCAAACCCUGCCAUGUUCACCGGCUAUGAGGAUACUCCUUUGGAGUGUAUAUGGGACUGGGUGGACUUCUCUUUAGAGCAGGGAACUCCAUUCACCUGCUUCCACCAUCAUCUUAUUUACAUGCUGGAGAGGGUUACCUCCCAGCCUGAGAGAAAAGUGUUCAACUCUCUAUCCAGUACUUCAGCUGUCAUAGAUUACCUCCAGAACACAUACGGGACAGUGAAUGAUCUGGGAACAUGAACAUAUUGUAAUGUGAUGUUUUAGAUUUUAACAUUUUUAUGCCAAAUAAAACUACCAAGCUAUAGAGGUGUA